GUUGAAUUCAGCGAUAAUUGGCACUCCCAUUACCCUGUUCACCACUAAUUACCGCUACACUCACACACCCACUGCAUCGAGCAGGGGGAGAGAUAUCACCCAGGCUAUCCAAGAUAUCACCAGCAUCAAGCCCCGGCAGAAGAUCCUGGCCAAGAAGGUCCUUAAGAAAAAAGAGCUGACCCCGAAAGAUGUGAUGGACAGUGGCCUGGAGGAGAAAAAUGGGGGCACUGCUGAAGAGGCUCCAGAUGAAGACACAAGGAGGACUCCAUCUGUGGAAGUGGGUGAGGAGAGGGUGAAGAGAACAGAGCAGAGACCUGUUCUCACUGGAGUGUCUCCACAGGAUGUCCCUGACGGAGCUCAGAUCAGCAAAGCUUUUGACACUCUUUGCAACAUUGUCAGAGACAGAAUGAGGAAGUACAAGAAGCCUGAGCCGAUCGCUGACUUUUAUACCAAGGGUCGUUAUGUCCUCGUCACUGGCGACGGCAGCUACCUGGAUCCAUGCUUCUGCACCUCCACACCAUCAGCCGGCCACAUCUUCGUCACUAUCAGAGACGGAACGAUGCCACCCUACGAGCCUUAUGCACCCGUCAUACCCUCUCCUCUACCUCCAACUCCUCAGCCCAUAAUAGAACCCAGGUCUGUCAGUCCCACCCCACCUCCUAAUGGAGAAGGAGAAGGAAAGGACGAUAACAAGGGUGGCAAAGGUAAGGACAAUGGAGGUAAAGGUAAGCACAAGAACGGAGAGCCUCAACCUUUUUCUAAAGAUCCGAGCCCAGCUCCUUCACCCUCCGAACCCAAAGAACCCACCCCAGCUGCCACUCAUCCCAAGAAAAGCGGGGAUGACAACGGGCCAAGCGGGCCCACUCCUAAACCUGCGCCCCGCGGUGCCAGCACCAGCUCCAGCUCCAGUUCUAGCACCAGCACCAGCACCAGCACCAGCUCUAGCAGCUACACCCCAGAAGCCAUGAGCUACGAGAAGCUGGAGGUGGUGGAGUCUGUGGAGAAGUUCUCCAAUGAUCGCAAGGUUAAAGGUUACGAAGAGACUUCCAUGGUGGUGGAGACCAUGAUCGAGAAGUCCAGUAAGAAGAAACACUGAAACCACGUCACCUGACAUGAAGAGUCAGUCAACUCCACCAGGGUCCUCCAUGGUUCAGGUCCUCUGACAAGAGGACAAUGCCACUGUUCCUCAAACUACUGUAACAAGACCAGUAUUUUUGUCUCUGAGAAAAACCAAUCAUGCUUAAAGACCAACUACACAUUCCUGCUCUGAUAUUAUUCACUGCUCUUCCAUUUGCUUGCAGUCUCUGGUCUUGCGUCCAGAAUACGUUUUGCUGGUUCCAUAAGUACUGCUGUUGUUGUUCGACUUAACAACCAUGCUCAUGCUAUGAGUCCUUUACUGUCUGAAAACUUGGGACAAUGAAAAAUGAAGCUCCACACCACCAAGAAAAAAAACAAUGAAAAGACAUAAAAAACUAAGAAGUUGUGCCACCCCUCUGAACUCUGUCUUAGAACUCCAAUUUUCCCCUUUGAGCUCAUUUGUUCAAUUGGAUGCCACUGCCUGCCCUCAGCACAAUUUUGCUGUGAAUUAAUUUGCUUUGAUAUAUUGAAUAAUAAAAAAGAUUCAAACAUCAA